CCCAGACCAGACCAUUUCAAUUCCAAGUCCACUGCGUAAACUCCAAUCCCAAACAUCAAAAUUUCUAAGUCAUCUCUCUCUCUCUCUCUCUCUCUCUCUCUGAAAACUGAAAAUGUCGGACGGAGCUGUAACGGUCCUCGACGGGAACUACCUGAGAGCCAUCGACCUUUCUCUGCCGGAAGCUGAGGUCAGCCUCACUGGAGCUCAGGUCCUCGACCUCGCCGACUCCAAAGCCUCCUCGUCUCUCUUCGGCCUCUCCUUGCCUCAGAGCCUCAAGUCCUCUGCUCUGAAACGCAUCUGCCUUCAAGACGACGACGUCUUCCGCCUCAAGGAGCUAGAUCGCGAGCAGGCUCUGAAGGUGAUCACGGACUACAUCACAGCGAUCGCCGAUGAAUUAAAAGAUGAUCCACUUGUCAUAUCUGUCUUGGAUGGAAACACUAUUCGACUGUUUUUAGAGGAUGAGGAUGAUUUUGCAAUGCUAGCAGAGAAUCUGUUCACUGAUCUGGAUGUAGAAGACACAGGAAAGAUCAACAAGAAUGAGAUCCGGAAUGCACUUGUUCACAUGGGAGUUGAGAUGGGCGUUCCUCCCAUUUCAGAAUUUCCUCCUCUAAGUGAUAUCUUGAAGAGACACGAAGCUGAUGGGGAAGAAGAACUGGGCCAAGCACAAUUUGCUGAAUUACUCCAGCCUGUCCUACAAGAACUAUCAGAGGCCCUGGCAAAAAAGCAUUUUGUUUUUAUCCAGAACAUCAAGAUUGUCAAUGGUUCCAAGCUAAGAAAGCUUUUGGCAGAUGAGAAGCAAUUGAACAUUAUCGUAGAGAAGAUAUUGGCGGAUGGCUCAGGGAACACAGAAAAAAUCAGGAGUUUUCUUGAAAAAACUGGGACAGAGUUGGGCUUGCCACCAUCCGAAGCGAACGAGGCAGUGGCCCUUUUGUAUGAUGCAGUGUUUGCUGAUUUAGAGGAAGCAGGUGAGGAUAAAUUUGGAAAUCUUGUGAAGCAGAUCCUGGAGAAAUUUGCAGAGCAGCUAGAAGCAAGCCCUGUUUUUCAUGAUAUUUGAGCAGCUAGAAGCUCAACUGUCAGAGCUGCUUGUCUGUGCAGAUAAACCAUUUUGAAUUAUUUGAUUACAUGUCAUUUCCCCCAAUCCAUACAGCCAAAUACGAACAAAAUUACAUUUUGUAAUAUCUGUGUGUACUAGAAUCGUUGAAUUGAUAGCAUGGUUUAAGGUGAUAUUUUACACUACUUUUAGGCCUUUGAUUGGCUGAGUAACAAUCGAUUAUAAAAAGUAUACAAGGCAGAUAGAAGCUUUCAAGUUUCA